GGAGUUUUGCAUUACAAUCACCUGUUGGAAGUUUGGGCUGGAUGGCAUUUGGGUAUAACAGUAUCUGAUCUACCCGGCUGUCCGCAGUAAUCCUGGGUACAUGAUGGAAGGACUACUGUUCCUGGGUUUUGUUGCAGUAAUUUCAGAAGCUGUUCCUGUUGAAUUUUACUCCCGGGAUAAAGUUUUACGCCUAAAGCCUGAAAAUGAACAGCAUCUGCAGUUCUUAAGGAAUGUAUCUCUUCCUGAGCAGGUUGAUUUCUGGAAGCCAGCUUGUGCAGAGCUGGUGACUACAAACAGUACUGUGGACAUUAGGGUCCCUGCAGACUGGGUUGCCGAAUUGCAAAGUGAGCUGGAGAAGAUUGCAUUGAAAUUUGAGGUUUUAACUGAAGAUUUGCAAAUCUUGAUUGAGAACCAGUUUGACCAAAGAUCAACGCGAGAUAUCCACUACAAUUAUGAAACUUAUCAUAGCUGGGACGAGAUUGAAUCCUGGACUGCCAGAAUAGCAGAGGAAAACCCAGACCUAGUUUCUCGGAUGGAGAUUGGAAAGACCUAUGAGGGAAGAAGUAUUUACCUGCUGUGGGUCGGCAACAGAACAGGUGCAGAGAAGCCUGCCAUCUUCAUGGACUGUGGAAUGCAUGCCAGGGAGUGGAUUUCCCCAGCCUUUUGCCAGUGGUUCCUGAAGGAGGUUGUUGGAAGCUACAAUUCUAUUCCCCUGAUAACUACACUUUUCAAUCAAUUGGAUUUCCUGGUUGUUCCUGUUGUAAAUGUGGAUGGUUACAUCUACAGCUGGACUACGCAUCGAUUUUGGAGGAAGACACGGUCCAAUAACUCUAACAGUAGCUGUGUGGGAACUGACCCCAACCGAAACUUUGAUGCCAAGUGGUGCACCUCGGGUGCCUCAAGAAAUCCAUGCUCAGCCGUUUACUGUGGAUCGCAUGCAGAAUCCGAAAAAGAAGUCAAAGCUGUUGCAGACUUCAUCCGUAACCAUAGUUCGAUCAUCAAGGCAUAUCUCACCAUCCACUCAUUCUCACAGCUCCUCUUGUAUCCAUACUCCUAUAACUUAUCUCUUCCAUUUCAUCACAAAGAGCUGGAUGAUCUAGCUCGGGAUGCGGUUGAGAAAUUACGACGCCUUUAUGACACUAAAUAUAUCUAUGGCCCUGGAGCAAGCACAAUAUAUCUUGCGUCUGGGGGUUCAGAUGACUGGGCCUACGAUCUUGGCAUCAAAUACUCAUUUACCUUUGAACUCCGUGACACGGGCCUGUAUGGCUUCCUAUUGCCCGCGUCGCAGAUCAAGCCAACAUGUGAAGAGACCAUGUUGGCAGUCUACCAUAUCACCCAUUACGUUCUUGACAACCUAUAUUAAAUUUUUUAAAGAAAGGGCAAAGUUAAAGAUGGGUAUUGGGUGACUUUAAAGCUUAGGUUUAGAUUUAAAAGCAGUUUUGAUUUUGCUGGAGGAAAUGACUAAUGCAUCUUUGAAAAGUAUCAAGGACACACUGGUUCAGUAGGAUAACAUUUGCCUUGGUUUAAUUUUCCCUCUUGUACUCAUCAGAUCAUAGAGUUCAGAAGAAAAACAUUAGGCUCACAGUGUCUGUGCCAGCUCUUUGAAUGAGUAAUACAAUUACCCUCAAUUUUCUUUGACGCAAGCUGUUGUUAUUAAGUGCUUGUCUAAUUCCCUUGAAAAUUGUUUGAAUAUUUCCUAUCACCGCACAUUCAGGCACCAUGUCUGCAUUAUAAUAACUUGGUUCUCCUCUGGUCUCUAUCCUUUGUGGCUUCCUGCUGGUGGAACCAACGGCCCAUCUAAGCUAGGCCCAUUUGUCCACAUUUACCUCUAAUCCUUUCUGAUAUGUCCAUAUGUCUUGCACAUAAGUGAUAGGAGCAGAAUCAGGCUGUUCGGGCCAUCAAGUCUACCACCAUACAAUCAUGGUUGAUUGAGCUCUCCCCCCUAACUCCAUUCUCCUGCCUUCUCCCCAUAACAUCUGAUACCUGUAUUAAUCAAGAAUCUAUCUAUCUCUGCCUUCAAAAAUACCCACUGAUGCCCUCCAUAGGCUUCUGUGGCAAAGAAUUCCACAGAUUCACCAUCUUCUGACUAAAGAAAUUUCUCCUCAUCUCCUUCCUAAAAGAAUGUCCU